GGACACUUAGAGAAUAAACUAGGUAAUAAACUUAAUAAACAACACCAUCCGGUAAACUUCAAGGGAAACUUUACUAACUUUAUCACUCUCAAAGAACUUGUUGGACUGCAGCAAGACGCUUCUUUUGCCCUGCUACUAAGGUUGUAUAAAGCCCCCCCAAAAAAAGAAAAAAAAAAAAAAAGCAGCUGUCAUUAUGGCACUAAUGAUACUGCCGUUCAUUGGCUCUGUGUCAGUGUCUGAGAGUUUGGUGGCCAUGACAACAAUAUGUCUGGUUUACCUGAUCCUCAAACGUCUCCACAUUGAUAUUCCUGCGGGCCUGCGUCGGCUUCCAGGUCCAAAGCCCCUGCCCAUCAUUGGAAAUGUGCUUGAAGUGGGCAGCAGGCCCUACCUCAGUCUUACAGCCAUGAGCAAGCGCUAUGGCCCAGUCUUUCAGAUCCAGAUUGGCAUGCGUCCCGUGGUUGUGUUGAGUGGCAGUGAAAUGGUUCGACAGGCUCUCAUCAAGCAGGGAGAGGACUUUGCUGGCAGACCUGACCUGUAUAGCUUCCAGUUCAUCAAUGAUGGAAAGAGUCUGGCCUUCAGCACAGACCAGGCUGGUGUCUGGCGUGCCCGUCGAAAGCUGGCCAUGAGCGCCCUUCGCUCUUUCGCAAUCGUGGAGGGCACAACCCCAGAGUACUCCUGUGUGCUGGAGGAACACAUCUGUAAGGAGGGAGAGUACCUGGUCAAACAGCUCAAAAUUGUCAUGGAGACUGACGGCAGCUUCGACCCCUUCCGCCACAUUGUUGUGUCUGUUGCCAAUGUGAUCUGUGGAAUGUGCUUUGGCCGACGUUACAGCCAUGAUGACCAGGAGCUGCUCAGCUUGGUGAACCUCAGUGAUGAGUUUGGACAGGUUGUGGGCAGCGGCAACCCUGCAGACUUCAUGCCAAUUCUUCGUUUCCUGCCAAGUGCAACCAUGAAGAAGUUUGUCGACAUCAAUGACCGCUUCAACAACUUUGUACAAAAGAUUGUCAGUGAGCACUAUGCCACCUUUAACAAGGACAACAUUCGUGACAUCACUGACUCCCUGAUUGAUCACUGUGAGGACAGGAAGUUAGAUGAGAACUCCAAUGUUCAGAUGUCAGAUGAGAAGAUUGUAGGCAUUGUCAAUGACCUGUUUGGAGCCGGUUUUGACACCAUCAGCACUGCCCUGUCAUGGUCUGUGAUGUACUUGGUGGCUUACCCGGAGAUCCAGGAAAGGCUUUACCAUGAACUGAAGGACAAAGUGGGAUUGGACCGCACUCCUCUUCUUUCUGAUAAACCAAACCUACCUCUCCUGGAUGCCUUCAUCCUUGAGCUCUUCCGUCACUCUUCGUUCCUGCCAUUCACCAUCCCACACUGCACCACAAAAGACACAUCUCUAGAUGGCUACUUCAUCCCCAAAGACACCUGUGUCUUCAUCAAUCAGUGGCAGGUCAACCAUGACCCUGAGCUGUGGAAAGAUCCGUCUUCCUUCAGUCCAGAGCGUUUCCUGAGCGCUGAUGGCACUGAGCUCAACAAGCUGGAGGGGGAGAAGGUGAUGGCCUUUGGCUUGGGUAAGCGGCGUUGCAUCGGUGAGGUCAUUGCACGAAAUGAAGUCUUCCUUUUCUUGGCAAUCCUCAUCCAGCGGCUUCGCUUCCGAGCACUGCCUGGGGAACCACUGGACAUGACCCCGGAAUACGGUCUUACAAUGAAGCACAAACGUUGCCAGCUGAAAGCCACCGUACGACAAAGGAAUGAGGAGUGACACUAUUUAUAAGCUAUAGAGCCAAUACAGAUAGUAGGCUAUAGGUUGACUCUAAGGUGGUGAGAGUCACAGUCACGUGAAAAGCCAGUGGAAGAGGAUGCAACCUCCUCUGAAGUGAAGAGACUGGAUGCCAAAUUUGAUUUGAGAGUUAUAGCAGCAUUGAAGCAAAUAACUGAAAUGGGCUUGUUUUGGAUUGUAAUAUAAUUAGAUGUUGAAGUUUCCUUGAAAAUGUCUUUGUUUUUAGUUUGCUAAGAGAUUUCCUCUUUUCUCAAGAUUGUUGGUAUUUCUCUUGGAAGUACUAGGGUAGACUAGGUUUUCAUCUACCUGCUUGUCUGUAAACUAAUCUGCUACUAUCCAGAUGCUGUAAAUCAUCUAAUACCAGAGACUAAGCUGAAAUGGUUCCACUUUGGGAUGUGUGUGUGUGUGUGUGUGUGUGUGUGUGUGUGUGUGUACACAUUUAUAUGUAUAUUAUUAUUUUUUAAUCACAUUGGCAUUAUAAUAAAGUGCCACCAAAUUUUUACUUCUGUGGCUCAUUUUAAGAAAAAUAUACAUGAAAUGCUCACUCACAUGAUCACCGAACUCUGAACUGAACAGACAGAAAAUUAUCUUACCUGAUGGAUACCAUUUACACUUGUUAUAAUUUUUGUUGCAUUAUAUUUUGGAUGUAAGACACUGAAGCUAUAUUUGCAUCCCAAAAUGUGAUUUUGUGUUUAUAUUAAGUAUUUGUAUUUUGUAAAGUUAAAUUUUAUGUGCUUGCAUUAUAUAUAUAUAUAUACAUGAAGUGUUUCUGUGCAGUAGUCAGGACACCAAAAGUUGAAUGACUUCUUUGAAUACAUUACAUUUUUGAAUUCCAAUUUCUGGUUUAGUAAUUUUGUGACAUCUAACAAAGGAUCUGUGUACAGUGCAUCUUUCUAUCAGUCGCAGAAAUAAAAUAACAUAGAAACA